GCUGAAACCACCCACAGCGAUCUAUGGAUCUUUGAACACAAUCACCUACGAUUAACCGACUUGUCAGUAGACAGUCAGCCAUGAAUAGCAGAUACAUUUUCUAUAUCUCAACAUAACUGGCGCAGUAGUGUGAACGCUGCUCGCUUCGGGUUUGAGCUCGGACCCUUUUAUUUGCGAAGUGCCUACACGUCCGGCGCGCCGUACAAAUAGUGCGCGAGAUAUACGCCUUUUAUUUACCGUUAAUUUCACAACAUAGCUAUAUUUUAUAAGAUAAUAGUUGUGUAAUUUGUGUGAGUGUAGAGGUGAGUUUUUUCCUGAUUGAGAUAUUAUUUUUUUUUUUAUCGAUAAACUCAGAGUAAGUAGAACGUAUGCAUUGUGUUUGGAGUCCAUAGGAAUUACUUAAACUUUGGCGGUAAGUUAGUGCUGUGUGAAAAAUCUUAUUUAUUUCACAUUCGCUCUUAUAUAAAUAUCUCUGUACGCAAAAUAGAUUUUCCAGAAAUUACUCGACGAUAAACAUAUGUAAAUAUGCUAUGCGUAGCACCCUCCCCCAAUCUAUUAUCUUUAGGUCUCGACCUGUUUCACUUACGCCAGAUAAGGAGUGCAUGCACCUAAAGUAUAAUGGUACCCUCGGUAAGAAUUUAAAAAAAUUGCGCCCCCAUCAACCUUGAGAAAUCUGUUUUAGAUAAGUAUGAAUAGCCGUUAAGUAUAUAAACACAGCGGAACUGCGUGCUGUAGUUUAGCGUAUACGAUGCUGGUUACAGACUUAUAGUACUUAUACGCAAAAAGACGAUUUUUUAAAACAGAUACAUUUGAGGUACGCCAAUUCUUUGCCCAGUUUGUCGUUAUCGCGUCCCCUCUUUUUAAGGGCGCCCACGGCAUGUACCGUGUCUAGCACCGCUUUNCCCCCUCUUUUUGCUUUCUAAUGGCGCCCACUAAUCGUACCGUGUCUUGCACCGCUUUGUCGAUCUCAUACCCCCCCCACUCCCCCCCCCCCGCUUUCUAAGGGCGCUCAGGGGACGUGCCCUGUCUUGCAUCAUUGCCGAAACGCCCCAGUUCCUGCCGUAAUCGUAAAGGAGGGUCAAGGCUGAAAGUGAAAAUUUUUAAGUACCGUUAAAUAAAAAGAAGAUAUUUUAACUGCUUAAGAUAAAGAGUAUAUGUCUCUUCUGCUAAUAUUUUUAUGUACAGCGCGGUGAGCCCAGAUCUAGGCUGGGGUACCACGCUAUAUAAGACCACUAAUUAUUAUUAUUAUUAUUAUUAUUGUAUCUGAAUUUUAAACAAGACCCCAAACAUCCUUAUGUUUAAAGAUUUAAAGACACAUCAAUUUCGCAAACACCUUCUGGGAUGAUUGUCUACCUUAUUUUCCAGUUAAUGCAUAAUGGCUGUGUUGCUUACGGUUGAAAUGGCCAGAAAGACUUUGACAUUGUAUGCUUGUAAUUAGUUUUUGUAGUGUUGCGUUUGUUUUAAAUGUGGUAAAUUAUAGAUUUGUUUUUUGUUGACUUUGUACCUCGCUUCGAGCCUUUGGGAUGAAGCGUGUUUUUGAAAUGAACUUUAUUAUUAUUAUUAUGUAUAUCGCAUAGUUUCAAACGAUAGGCUAACGAUUGAGCUUGACAAGACGUCGGCAACUCGUAGAAAUCAUAAUCGCCGUUUUUUUGUUUUUUUGUUUUUUUGUUGAAAGUGUUUUUCUAUAAAACCAAAAUUAAUUUUAUUUUAAUUCAAGCAUGUCGGCUGUCACUCGAGUUUAACCUACAUCGGUCUGUGACAAAUUGUGAGGAUGGAAAAAGACCAAAAACGACCCUGGCAGGAUAAGCCUUUAGAUGAAGUUAUUGAUGACUUAAAGAAGAAAAAACUACCAUUAGAGGUCAUUACAGCCCUUGAAAGUAAGCUCUGGUGUCAUUACUUUUUAGCAAGCAUAAUUCAUUUAUCUAAGUUAUCUUAAGAUAUUUGUAUUCAGUUGUUUUUGUUUUUUUUUAAAUUAACAACGAGUAUGUCCAUACUAUCUAAAUCAGUCAUUUUUUUGUGUGGUUUCUACGCUAGAGAUUUAGAGGCGGGGACAAAACAGCUUUUUCAGAAACCCUAAUUCAAAAAGUAGCAUAUAUUUUUUAUCUUUGGUACACCCAUGUUCAGAGUUCACUCAUUUGUAGAUCACACCCAUGUACAGACACCAUCCAUUGUCAGACCAAACCCAUGUGCAGACAACACCCAUAUUCAAACCUCAUCCAUGUGUAAAUGAAAUCAAUGUGCAGCCCGACCACAACAAUGAGCAGACCACACCCAUGUGCAGAUCACACCCAUGUACAGACUACACCCACGUGCAGACCCCACCCAUGUGCAGACCACACCCAUGCGUAGACCACACACAUGUGCAGACCACACCCACGUGCAGACCACAUCCAUGUGCAGACCACACCCAUGUUCAGGCCACACCCAUGUUUAGACCACACACAUGUUCAGAUAAUAACCAUGUGUAAACCACAUCCAUGUGUAGACCACGCCCAUGUGCAGGCCACGCCCAUGUGCAGACCACAUCAAUGUUUAUACCACAUCCAAGUGUAGACCACAUUCAUGUGCAGACUACGCCCAUGUGCAGGCUACACUCAUGUUCAGACCACAGUAAUCUGCAUUACACACCUAAAAUGUAUUGAUUGUAUUGAACAAUCUUCAUCCGUUUAAUUUCAAUACCUCAAAAUCUCACAUAUUGCCAAUUAUAAAAAAAUAAUCCCUUAAAAAUAUUUUAAAAAUCUUGACACCAGGCGACCGGCCCCACCUCCCAGUAGUUGUUUUCCAAACCCUUUACAUCUCCCAUUCAAAAAAUCUUUCCCUCUCACCAUCACCAAAGCUUUCCAUCUCCGCAUCACAAAUCUUGCCAUCUCCCCAUCACCAAAUCUUUCCCUCUCACCAUCACCAAAUCUCUCCCUCUCCCCAUCACCAAAUCUUUCCUUCUACGCAUCACAAAUCUUGCCAUCUCCCCAUACCCAAAUCUUUCCAUCUCCCCAUCAAGAAAUCUUUCCCUCUCCUCAUCACCAAAUCUUUCAAUCCCCCAUCACCAAAUCUUUCAUCUCCCCAUUGCCAAUCUUUCCAUCUCCCCCUCACAAAUCUUUUCAUCCCCCAAUCACCAAAUUUUUCCAUCCCCUAAUCACCAAAUCCUUUCAUCUCCCCAUCAUAAAUCUUUCCAUCCUCGAAUCACAAUAUCUUUCUAUCUCCCAUUCACCAAAUCUUUCCAACUCUCAUCACCAAAUCUUUCCAUUUCACACAUCACCAAAUCUUUCCAUCUCCCCAAUUACCAAAUCUGUCCAUCUCCCAACAACCACAAUUUUCUAUCUGUCCAUCAGAUAGCCCUUUCGUCUUUUCACCAAUUUGCACUUGAAUACCUUUAUCACCGAAAAAGUCACUCGUCUCUUUUAAACUACUACUCAAUGUGGAGAUCUUGCCCUUUGUAGAAAACUUUUUUUUUUUUUUAUUUUUGUGCAGGGAAACAAAGAUCCAUAAAGGAAGAGGUCAAAUUGCGGCACGUCCUGGCCGAACUGAAUGUGGAUGACCUCAUGAGCAAGGAGAAUGGGGUUAAGUAAGUGGGCAAUAGUGGGCAAUAGUAUGAAAUAAAAGACAAGGGUGGACAAUAGUGUCAAAUAAUGGACAAUAGUGUGAAAUAGUUCGCAAUAGUAGGCGAUAGUGUAAAAUGGAGGAGGGUAGUGGGUGAUAUCAGGCAAAAGUUGGAAAACUUUAUGAGUAUUUUGUAGAAAUGCUAUUUCUGUGGCAUUCUGACUUCCUUUUAACGUCUCGCUACUCGCCGUUUAAUGCACAUAUCAUUGUUCAUGUUUGGGAGGCAUUUACUACUCUAUGAGAAAUAUCUUUUAUAAAACCAAGUUAACUUAAUUAUUAUAUAUAUAUAUAUUGCUUCUGGUGCGUUCUGCGUCCUCUUCAAAAAGAGGCUCUUCUAAUAGCUCCAUAUUUUUUUUUAUUUCAAUGGUACUGAGUGAGAAAAAUAAAGCUGUCACUCAGUGAGCUUCGGUGCGUGGCGUCUGAACUCCGGUAAAGAGGUUGAUUAGUUUUCUUUACGCGGAGGCGAAUAUUCGUGGAUGUUGGUAUCGUUCGUGUCGCCCUUUCACACAGCGAGCUUCAUGUGUAGCCCGUGAACGGCAGUAAAGUUGCUGAUUUUUUUUUCUUUUUUAAAUGCCACUGUUUUUUUUUCCACAUCUUUAUUCUGGGGCUGCACAUUACAAAGAACUGGGUCAUGGGUCCUCCUUUUACUUGACGAAUGUAUAUUUUUCUGUGUCUUUUACGUAGCCUGGUACAGGAAGGUAUUGCUAUUUUCGUUAUACUGCGACUGGUGUUUCCUAAGUCUUUGUUAUAAAAUGAAGGACGUUACCUUCUCUGCCGACUGGUUUUCCUUCAGCGUCAUAUCUAUUCUGGGAUCCGGAAACUAUUCCGGGAUCCGGAAACUGUCUGUUCCUAUCCGGUGGGUUAAUUCUUGACACAAAAAGCUGACGAAGAAGGCAAUGCACUCCCACUACGACGCAGGGCAGUAGAUUUCGUUAACUCCAUUUUUUGUAACACUCGAACCCACCGGGUAUUUUCUCAAACUACCCGGACCCGGUGUACAAAAAACUGCAUGCCGUUUAUCCCUAGAAUUUCGUAUAGCCUCAACACGCGCACAGUCUUCCCCCAUAGUUACACCCAAGUGUUUAUAUCUGCUCCAAUUGAUUCGUAGUAACAACACCGUUAAAAGUUCAUGUAGAAAAGUGUUUUUUAAAAUGUGUCCUAUCUUGAUCUAAAUACAAGUUGUAUAAUGCGUCUAUCACAUAUAUUAUUGUAAAAAUGCACCAGGUCUGCAAAAUGCUGUUAUCAUAUCUUAAUCUGAGAAUGCACCUGCUUCUGCCUAUCGCUGUUAUCCUAUCUUAUUCUUAGAACGUACCAAGUCUACAUAAUGCUGUUAUCAUAUCUUAUUCUAAGAACGUACCAAGACUGCCUCUUGCUGUUUGACUAUUUGGACGAACUUGAAGAUGACGUCAACGGACACGAGCUCAAGUCCAGCAAAGCUUUGAAGGUUGUACAAUGUCAUAACAUGACCAAGCGUUGAAUAGCACCCCAUUACUUAUGUCAUUUACUUAUAUAUAGAUUGAUAUCCCCACAAUACACAUUACAUUUAUUUACAUUGAUAUUUAUAGCUCCACAAUACACAUGUCAUAUAUUUAUAUAAAGAUUGAUAGCACCACAGUACACAUGACAUUUAUUUAUUAAUAGCUUCACAUUCAAGCAGCUCUUUAUUGGCAAAAAUUUGGCUAUCUCUGCAUUAAACGUGACAUUUAUUGAUAUUUCUUGUAAAUUGUAAUUACAUACGUUUAUAUGCGCGACGUUAAACAAGACAAUUCUUCGACGAACCCAAGUAGCUCUAUAACAUUUAAAUGAUAAUAAAUGAAGGCCUGCGUGCGAUCAAGCUGAUUGAAAAAAAUGUAUCAGUCAGGACAAAUGAAGAAAAGAAAAGUAAUAAAAACUAAUUUUAAAAAAACGUAAUGUCAUUGUAAUCAAACUUCCUGCAAUAACAAUGGUGAACACUUGAGUUUUUUUAAAGCUAGUUUCUAUUUCUUGUCAAAUUUUCAUUUGUCCGGUCUGCUGGGGAAGGCUCUUAGUCGAAACGUUCUUUUCUUAUUGUAUUCUCGUUCGAUUCAAUCUUCCACACACCUCGCUCUUCUAUUUCGAUCAAAUUCAACACGUCUAAACUAGAGUCAUAUCGCACUCACCAGAUUUUCAAUGACCCCAUACACGGCCACAUACAGCUGCACCCUGCCUGUCAGCUCGUAGUGGACACGCCCCAGUUCCAGAGACUUCGGUUCAUCAAACAGCUUGGCAUGGUCUACUUUGUCUUCCCAGGGGCGUCUCACAACAGAUUUGAACACACGUUAGGGUAGGGAACAUGGUAUCCGAAAUCUCUAAUUUUAUAAGAAUACAGGUUUUCCUUAUUCCUAACAAUGGUGCUGUAAGCAUGUUCGUCGACGUUUCAAAAUAUAUUUACACAACUUGUAAGUUUAAAAAAAAAAAAAAAACAACUUUCCUCUGAUGAUUAGGGUUUGCCACUUAGCGGGACAGUUUGCGCGAGCACUACGCCAGAACCAGCCUCGUCUUGGCAUCACCGACACUGACAUCCUGUGUGUGGAGAUAGCUGGAUUGUGUCUAAGUCUAGGUAGGUUUCUCCCCAUUGGUAGGGUUCUGAACAGUGGUAGGUUUCCAAGCAUUAGCAGGUUUUUAAACAUUUGUAGUUUUCCCCAACUUUUAGUAGGCUUCUCAAAAUUGCCAAGUUUGUCUACAAUGGUAGGCUUCUCACCAUGGGUGGAUUUGUCAGAAUUGGGAGUUCCUCACCUAUUGUGUGUUUCUUACCAUUCGUAGGUUUUCUCACUAGUGGUAGGUCCUCACUGUUGGGCAAGUAACUAAUUAUUUACAGAUUUCUCCGCAUUGGUUGCAAGGCUACUUACCAUGGACACGUCUCUCACCAUUGGUUGCAAGGUUACUUACCAUGGACACGUCUCUCUAAGCUGCUCAACAUCCCAGGGAGACUCGUUCAAAUGAUCCCACCUUUAGAUUUGAUUAUCUGAGACCAUCCCAACGAUUAUCUGAUUCUAUCCCAUAGAUUAUCUGAUUCUAUCCCAUAGAUUAUCUGAGUCCAUCCCUUUCAUUCUCUGAGUCUUUGCCAUAUAUUAUCUGAGUCUAUCAUAAACUCAUUAAGUUUCCCUUCAGCUCUUUCAUUACUGCUUACAAUGAAAAGUUUCCCUCUCUAGUAUCAUUCCACUGCAGCCUUUGCCUUUCAAAGAUAAAAAAUUACGUUGUAAUGCAUUGCUCUUAAAGGUCAUGGUCCAUUCUCACGACUGUAUACGGACCGAUUUUUAUACUCCUGUGACAAGAAGAAAACGGUAAGCUGACAGACUUAACUUCUAUGUUAACCUGUUUCUAUGUAAGCUAUGAAACUAAAAUUUAAAACUUUUAAAAACAUUUUUUAAUUUUUAUUUUAUUUUUUUCAAAAAAAAUUUUUGAGGAAAAAUAUUUCUAAAAUUUAAAAAAAAAAAUUAUAUAUUAGACGAUCCCUGGAUGAAGCAUGUUUCUAUUUGUAAUUUCUAUUGAAAAAUUGUUGUAUAAUCCAAUGACAUAAAUAUGUGUAGCUGUAGUUUAAUUCAAUAGAUAUUUAUAAAAUUUAACGGACACGUGUAACUAAAUCCCUCUUGUUGAUAACAGCACCCUAAGCCGUCGUCGGACAUGCUCGAACACUUACUGGCGGCCAAUGGUCUGAGAGAAAAGCUCAAGUUUUACGGACUGGAAGAGGUGGACAUCACGUUCAUCAAGGAGCAAAUCGGCGACCCCAAACCAACUGGGUCUACGGUAAGUGGCCGUCUACGAGUCAUAACAGUAAGAUAUAUGAAGAACUAGCCAACUACAUGUAAAGAAAUAGCUAGAUACAUAUAAAGAGCUAGCCAGCUACAUAUAAAGAGCUAACCAUAUAAAGAGCUAGCCAGCUACAUGUAAAGAGCUAGCCAUGUAAAGAUGUAACCAGCUACAUAUAAAGAGUUAACCAGCUAUGUUUAAAGAGAUAAUCAGCUACAUAUAAAGAGCUAACCAGCUACAUAUAGAAAGCUAACAAGAUACAUAUUAAGAGCUAACCAUUUAUGAUAAUAUUGUAAAGAAAAUUGUUAGUAUCCAAACCGCAAGCUAGAUAUAAUACUGGGAAUAGAAUCGAUAAAAUAAAUCUAACUGGUUCUUCUGUUUUAAGUAUAAAAACUAGUUUGAAAAAAACAACAAUAUUUUCUUGUCUUUAUGAAGGCCUGGUCGUAUGAGGGAAGACCGAAAGAAAAAGCAUUCCUGUAUGAGGUGAGCGAUUACUUAGAAAAACAAAUGCUUGUUUGAAAUGAAUGAUUAUCAAUCACUCUCAACUCCCUUAGUGCUACCAUAUACACACUUUAGUGCUAGCUUGUACACACUUUAGAGAUAACUUAUAUCCACCUCAGAGCUACUCCAUACACAAUUUAGAGCCACCUUGGACACACUUUAGAGAUGAAUUGUACGGAUUUGACUUCUCAGCUAAAUGAUCUUUCUAAAAUUGUAUUCUUUUUGUUGUUGUUUGGUCACUGACGAAGGCUUCGUAUCGACACUUUUGUUGUUCUGUUGCGUUCCUUUUUUAAAAAUCAGGUUUCACUAAUGUAAAGUAGUGCGUAUCUCUCAUCUGCAAGAACACUAAUGCAAAGUAGUGCGUAUCUCAGCUGCAAGAACACUAAUGUCAAGUAGUGCGUAUCUCAGAUGCACGCCCACUAAUUUAAAUUAGCCCGUAUCUCAGAUGCACGCCAACUAAUGUGAAGUAGUCCGUAUCUCAGAAUAAAACAUUGCGCUCAGACUUACUCCUCGCUGCGCGUCUCUAAGCUCAAUACACCCAAAUAGUCAUUUGAAGGAAGAAAAAUAAAUCUUGAUAAACACAUUUUGUUUCCCCCAUUGUUGACCAUAUAUAGAUUUUACUCCCCCCCUCCCCCCCUCCUUUUCAGAUUGUCAACAACAGGCGCAAUGGUGUAGAUGUCUACAAGUGGGAUUACCUGGCCAGGGACUGCCACCAUCUGGGGAUCAAGAACAACUUCGAUUGGUCGCGAUACAUGAAGUUCGCCAGGGUUAUAGAGAUGGACGGAGAACUCCAGAUCUGUGUCAGAGAUAAGGUCAUUAGUUAUUGGGAGGAAAUAGCUCAGUAAUAAUUAAAAAAAAAUACUCAGAGUCAAAGUCUUCCGUAUUUAUUAAUAAUGGAGAAAGAAAUAACAAAUAUCGCGGAAACUUUAACGCUUUGAGAAAAGAAUGAUUCAUUGAGUAUCCAUUUUUAAGUCAAAUUUGCAUAUUAAAUUUCAGAUGGGAAUUAAUUGAUUACGUAAAGCAAUUUAAAAUAUAUAAUUAGCCUACGUCAGUUUAUAUUAUUUUAGUGAGUUGAGAACCGUUUACUUAAAGAAAUUCAAAAAUAUAUCAUUAGCCCUGUCAGUAAAUGUUAUUUUAUUGAGUUGAGACUAAUUAAUGGUUUCCUGUUCCAUUUCACGUGACGUCUUUGUCACUUAACUUUAAAAACCAUUUGUUUGAUACUCAUGAAAACUGAAAUAUUUUAAUAGUCAGCCCUUGAAUUUGCAUUUUUUCCAGGAAAUUGCUAACCUCUACAACAUGUUCUACACUCGCUACACUCUCAACAAAUACGCCUACCAUCACAAAGUCAACUGCGGCAUGGAGAUCAUGUACGUCCUGUUACACGUGGUGACGUUUCUUAGUUACAUUCGAAACUACUUAACUGAGAUCAUUGUCAAUGGCACUCACAAUUUUUAAUUUGUAGCGAGAGAUAACACUUCAAGCAUCCAUUUAUAUAUUGUAUCCACUGUUACAAAAACAAAUAUUUUCGUUACAUACUUUCCUGUGAAUCUUGAAUCUUAAUUAUUAUUUUUUUUUUAAAUUAAAGACCUGAUGAAAAAAAUGGCUCCAUGUUAAUUUAUUUUUUGGCUAGCAAUACUCUUGUUCUUUUGUAUGCUUCAGGGUGACCAGGGCAUUAAAGAAGGCGAAUGAGCACGUGAGAUACGAAGGGGAAUCUGGCGAGUAAGCAUGCCUUAAUCAGAUCUUAGAUUUACUGAUAUUUUGUCUAUAGUAACAAUGAUUUCUACAAAAAUAAUAUUUUAAAAAAAAGAAUCAUUGUUCGUAUGGGUAUAUUCAGGUUCAGAAGCUGCGCAUGUUAAAAUCAUUGUUUCAAAUAAUACAUUUUUUAAAAAAAUAACACACCACUUAUUAAAGUAAGAAAUUUGUGCUUGGCCCGUCCCCGUGUAUUAUCUUCUCAAUGUCCUCUCUGAAUUCGCUUGUACUUGCCCGCUGAACUGUCACGAGAAAUGUAGUGCUGAACGCUACAGAGCCCAACACCUUCAUUACCCAGGGGCUUCUACUUUUCCUUUCAAAAAAGGGAAUUUCCCGACACCUUAUAGUGAAUCCGUUAAUUUAGGGGUAAGUAAAUGGUCGGUUUGAUAAUCAUUACACUGGGGAGUCAUUCUGCCCACUUCAGUUUUUUUUUUUUCGAUAAGCUUACGUGAUCAAAGGCUUGUCAUCGUCCAGAUGUUUGUUAUGAUAACUAGGUAUACAAACGGCUGUCACCAUUUUUUCUCUAAAAAAUGUGUACAUUAGGUUUCGGAGUUAGUGAGCAGUUGAGCCAAAUGUCUCUUCACUCCAUUGACCAGCUCUGCGAGACCCAUUUCAGCGUUAGGUCAGCUGGUGGGUCGAUGGUGUUGGUCUCCCAAAAUCAGCAAUUGACUUUCCCAGGGGUCUGAAUGGCGCAACUACGGCUUUGAACAUCCCGGUUUGGGGUGGGGGUCAGGGGAGUUGCAAACAGCCUCCAAUAGGGUUUUCAACAGCGGUUUUCUAUUUCGUGAAUAGUUGACGACGUAGCUUGGGCAAAACGGUUGCCUAAGAAGAGCCCUCUCCAAAGACUGUGUGCAUAAAAUCCUUAACACGAGGUUGCCUUUUUCUGCCUUAUGCCUCACAUGUGUCAUCGGCAACCAAGUAAUCAAGGUCCUUACCCUGUUUUCUCUCUUAAAGACAGCGCAGUCUGUACCAGUGCUACAGCGAAAUGUCAGCGUACUCAAAGCUGACGGAUAACGUUCUUUUCAAGAUCUUGAAUGCACCCAUCAUUGGAGACGACUCCAAAGAGGACAGCCAACUGCAAGAAGCUCAAGACAUUAUUAAGAGAAUCUUCCGCCGAGACUUGUAUCGUUGCGUCUAUGAAAGUAUACCCAUGUCGCCCGAAUCGUUACGAAGCGUACGUAGAUAUUAUUUUAAUAAGUUUCUUAGAAAUAAAAACAGUUGUUUAAGAUGCUAUUUCCUUAAGUAAAAUGCUAGCGUUCUUAUUUUUAAGGAAGUAUUUUGAAUCCAUUUUUUUUCUUUCAGUUGUGCAAUUGGGAUACCCCUAAACUGUCGGCUCAGACUCAAAACAGUUCCGACCAGACUAACAUCAGCCAAGAUCAGACUUCCGUCAGCCGAGAUCAGACUCCAGAAAGCCCAGAUCGGACCUCCAACAGGCAACGUCAAACUAAAAACGAUGUGGUUAAAGAAGCAGAAACUGAUGAAUCCAAAAUUAAACAGAAAAUCCUGUCACAGUUGGAGAAUGAGAAAGAUAAAGAUUAUAAAAAGAUGGUCAUCGUUAUGGUGAGUCGGGUCCUCUCUUCUUUGCUUUUUUUUUUUAAAUUUAAAUCAGGAAGAAACUGUUAAGUAGAAAAUGAAUUGUAAGAGGUUGGCCACUAAGUGUGUAAUGGGUUGAAUGGUACUCAAUAGAGGCACUGCAAACGAGGACAAUAUCACUCAAGUGCGGUUGCUGGAUAGGGGUGGGAAUAUCUAAUUUGCUACCGGUACCUAUUAUGCGAGUCAUGAUUCUCUUGAAAAUUGAUACACAUAUUGCUUCAUUUAUCAUGUGAUCAAAAUCAUUUUUAAACAUAUAGUUAAUUUUUCCUCUAAAAACAUUAUGUAUAAAGCAUAUGAAAAAAAAGCUGCGGAGGUCUGGUUUGGCCCGCGGGCUAAGGUUUUCUAAGCCUCGCUGUAUAUGAGCUGAAAUCAAAAUAUUUACCUUGUUAAAAAAUGGUUGUGGUCCUGAAUAUCAAAUCUUUGUGUCGAGGUCGUAUUAUCUUUGUCUUUGUAUUGUGGCCGUUCGUGGAUAUGAGAUUUUGGUGGCGUCCCCGUGAGAAAGCCACUCAUAGGUGACCGUUUUGUCCCAGCUUUCGUCCCGACCAAAAGACUCUCUGGGCGGUUGGGGGUGAUAACGCACAAUCUUCUCUUCGGAGUUGAAGCAAACAUGUGACACGUUCUUUUUUUUCUUGGUCUUUGUGUGUCGUGCUCUUUGUAUCAUGGUAUCUGUGUCUCGUGAUCUUUGAGACGGGUUUGCCAUUGAUCUUGGCUUACAGUUCCGUGUUGCGGUUGCCUCCCUCCCUACCCGUUGUUUGUGCAACUUGGUUGGUCAAGAAAUUUAUAUUGGGCUGGUUAAUAAGAUUCGUUAAAAUCGAUGUCAAGGUAUUGAGUAUUUUCAUUGCACCGAAAAAAUAUAAUGACAUUUGUUCGAUUCUUUAACAGAUUUAAAUGUUGCUUGUCCCGAUAAAAUUGAGUAAAUUUUCAAAGUUCUUGUAACAGAUAACUCAUCUCGACUUCGGGAUGAAAGAAGAAAACCCAGUGGAUAGACUGAAAGUUUAUUCAAAACGAGAUCCUAACCACGCCAGAACCCUACCCAAGGAAGAGGUAAGAAUUGAAACAUUUGAUUUACAACCAUUUUAGCCCGACAGGCAUCUGGCGCAUUUACUGUAGAAUGCCUCCUGAAGCCUCAACUUUAUUAGAAAGGGCUUUAUAAUAGGGUGUGUCUUCAUAAUAUUAAUUCUUUUGUCGGAUAAUGAAACACCGUAACAAAUUAAAUUUGGUGUAACAAUAGUAAGUUUAAAAAUAGUUGGGACAUCAGAAAUCGGAAUAUUAAUAUUGUUCAUGGGCGUGAAAUAAAAGUAUGCAGUGACCUAUCAUGGGAGGGGGGGUGGGGGUUGUGUAGCAAAACGUGUGAUUCUUAAAUGUGCGUUACUUGAGUUCAUGUUUUGUCAAGUCACUUUAGUAGAUGGGAAUUUCACGCAUUGCUGUCGCCAGUGUUUGGCGAGUUAUAACUAGUAAACAAAAAUAUUGUUGAGCUUACAAAAAUUGUGUGUUAGCUACCCCCACCACAAUUUAAAAAUCUUUAAAAAUUGAGAUCUUCAGGAGUAGAACAUUUGUGUUACCUUGGUGAAACUUUAACAUGUGCUGAAAUUUAAAAAAAAAAAAGUAAGAAUGGAAAAUUUAAAAAUAUAAUUGUCGCUAUACAAUCUACAUAAAAAGUAAAAGACUCAAAUGUCUCUGGUCAUUGGUUAUAUCAAUUACAAUGGGGAAGAAUUUUUAUGUUAUAAUGUUUAUUUUUUCUUUUCUUUUCUGGGGUGUCUUUCCCUUCCAGUUACUGUCAUUAGUGGUCGCCACGUCUUAAACGGCUUUUAUUGUGGUCGCACGUGUAUAAAUCCCAGUUACUGUGAUGGUGGUCACCACGUUUAUAAGUUGAUAUUAAUUGCUUAUGACUUUCUCCCCCCACCCCUCCAAACAGGCCAGCCGAAUCAUGGGUCCGGUUAGUUUCAAUGAGUUAAUAGUUCGUGUCUACUGUACCUGUACAUCCAGAGCAAAUGAAGUCCACGAUGCCGUCAAGAAGGCUGCAGAGAAAGUGCUGAAGGUCUGUUCAAUCAGUUUGAAACUUCCUUCAUAUUUAUCUUAAAGACUUUAUAAUAACUAAUAGUGAACUUGUAUUCUCCAUUUAUUGUAUCUUAAGAUUGCAAUGAGGUGUAAGUUUUAAAAGAAAAUCACAAUAAUUAAAGCAUUAUUUGAAAGCCACUAUUUACAUAUGAAGUUGACUAAAAGCAAAACCCAUUUAUUUGUAGCUCCCCCCCGUCCUUAUUUUAAGAACAUAUUUAAAUUUAAGAACAUAUACAAAUAAUACUAAUUAAACUUGAUGGAAGCAAUGUUUCUUGGAUUGAUAAUUUGAUGAUUUUGAAAUAUCUCAGUCAAAUUGUAUCUGAUUUCUGUCGAUCCCUGAGUGCUGAAGUAAAAGCGAAACCUAAAAUGUUCACCUUAUCGCUUAAUAUAUUUUUUUUUCUCCACAUUUGGUGUUUGUUUAUGGCAUCAACAUGUACAUUACUCUUUUCCUUCAGCAAGCUCGGGGUCCGCUGCUCUGCCCAGCUGGAGCCGCUCAUACCGCUGCUCAUACAUCACAGACUCCCUUGACAACGGCGCAUAAAUCGUAGUGAGUGCUUGGCGGGUGACCGAUGUGAUUACACUUUGAGAACCUAUGCUGAGAUUAGCACUGAGAUGUAUACUAUUUUAAUUAUUUAUUUAUAGAUCAGCAAUAAUAUACGUUGAGUUGUAAAAAUGAUUCGUUUUCCAGGUCUUAAAGUAACCUCAUAUUCCCCACCAGCUCGACUCAUAAAGUCAGGACAUAAAAAAAGAACGUUUCGGCGAAAGGCCUUCCACAACAGACAGGACAAAUGAAGAAACAACAAACAUGAGUUCAAAAACUAAAGUGUUCGCCAUUAAUAUUAUUGUCGGAAGCUGGGUUGACCAAAACAAAGAUUACAGGAAGUAAAUAAAUUUAUGUAUCAAUACUAUGAAAAAAAAAAUUAAAGGACACGAUUUUUGUUUUUCGGUAACAUGUAAAAUAUAAAAAAAAUCAUAAAAUAAAUACAGAAAAAUUGAGGAUCAUCAUUAGGAGAUUAUUUGAAUGAUGUCAUAUGUGAUAUUUUGCUAAGAAGCUUAAUUAUUUUUUUUUCCUCCUAAAUCUCGCCGAUGCGUUAGUACAGGAAAUUAGUGCCAUGAUGGAAACAUCUUAUGUCACUUUGUGGUUAUCUCUUUUUACAUGGUAGAAACCGGAGGGCAUUUUUCGCUGUUUACUAUUACAAAUAUGCUCAGUGAACCUAUGCAAUCAAGUUCUUCCACUUUCGCAUGCAAAACAGGAGCGGCAUCUACGGCACACACUCACAUGGAUCACAUUUCGACUAACAAUUGUGAAACCCUCUUUAAUGGUAAAAGUACCCGUACGGAGGCUAAUGGUUUUUGUUUUUUUUGUUUUUUGUUUAGAGUGUAUAGAGACAAGAACUACAACGGCUUCUUGAGCAUUAUUUUGUUCCAACGUAAGACGGGUCAGCUCGGAAGCGACUGUGAACCAGAGCGUCACCUAGAUGUGUGUCGCGUAUGAUGACAGUCAAUGGUAGGAAUGAGAAUACUCUGUUCGUCUCGGGGUCAGCAGGAAGUAUGUGCGGAUUCAUUGUGAAUAUUUCUUUUUUGGCAAUCAGAUUGUGAGGGUUGUAGGUUAGUAUGAAUGUUGUUCGAUAUUCAUUUUUGUUUUAAACGAGGUUUGAAAUCAUCAUUCCGUGUGAUAGGGCCGAUGCUAUUGAGUGCCGAGACAAGAGUAGUUUUAGGACAAGACCUGGAGCGGAAUAAGUGCAUUAUUGAUUACUGGGGAAGCUUAGGCCUAUUUUAAACUAAGUGAAAUUUUUCCAGGCUUAUGUAUAAAAAAAAAGGAUAAAAAUAUUUUGUUGUAUAUUCCAUAGCUAUAGUUGAAGGGUUUUCCUUCCAAAUUAAUGGAGCUAUUUCCUAUCACAUUUUAAAUUUAGCAUUGUAUUAAUUAAUCUUUUUUAAAACAAAAUUACGCAAUAAGUUAUUUAACAUUCUGUAUGACCAAAAAAUAUUUUUUCAAGAUUUUAUACAAUUAUUUGUAUUGUAUUUGAGAUUCAUG